AUGAAGCUGCCGGAGGGACGCAUUCCCUGCUUCAUGUGUCAUCAGGUGGUCAGCACCUCAGCCCAACACAGCACCACCCCAGUCCCCAUCAGCCCCUUCCCAGACCAACACAGCACCACUCCAGUCCCCAUCAGCCCCUUCCCAGACCAACACAGCACCACCCCAGUCCCCAUCAGCCCCUUCCCAGACCAACACAGCACCACCCCAGUCCCCAUCAGCCCCUUCCCAGACCAACACAGCACCACCCCAGUCCCCAUCAGCCCCUUCCCAGACCAACACAGCACCACCCCAGUCCCUAUCAGCCCCUUCCCAGCCCAGCACACUACCAGUCCUGUCCCUAUCAGGUCCCUCCCAGCCCAACAUGCCACCGUCUCAGGUCCAGUCAGCCCCCUCCCAGCCCAACACACCACCGUUCCAGGCCCAGUCAGCCCCCUCCCAGCCCAACACAGCCUCAGCACAGCUUGA